AGUGGUGUUGGAAGCAGCUCCCCCAUGGCUGCAGCCAGUGGCGAGGGGCUGGCACAGACCCCACUCCUGCCAGCCAGCACUGCCCUGGCCCUUCUCGGCAUCCUGGUCUACCUGGGCACCCUGUGUGCUGCCUGCAGACGCAAGGGCAGGAAGAAGAAGGUCCCUCCGGAUGGGGUGAAGCUGGUUGACGAGUCCCUGCUCAGACAGACACAGCUGCGGUCGCUCAGCAAGUCUGACACGAAGCUGCAUGAGCUAUACCGGGUGAAGGCCAGGGAUGACACUCAGCGGCCAGCCAGCCUGGAUUUCCCCUGCACCGUGUUCCCCCCCACCGAUGCCAACUCCCUGCACAGCUCCAGCAUCAGCGUCCUCCUGCACCGUGAGCUGCCCCAGAUCCCUGUCCCUGAGCCCCGAGCUGUCUCCCCGGCCCCCGAUCAGACCUACUCCAACCUGCUCUUCACCCCGCUGCGGAAGCCAGUGCCAGACACUGUCUAUGAGUGCCUGGCGAUGGGGGGGGAGGAUGCACCGGUGUCCCCUGCACCCACCAGCACCCAGCUGUCCCCACCCCGCGCUGGGCAUGGGUCAGCCGAUUAUGCCUGUGUCCGCAAGGUGAAGAAGAUGGUGCCCACGGAGGUGCAGGAGGGGGCCGUGGCAGGGCCUCACGCAGCCCCACGGUGCUGGGACAGUGAUGCCUCCCAGGUGAAGCUGGAAGAGAUGUACUCGACGGUGUGCAAAACCACCAAGAAGAAAACCCAGGUCCCUGCAUCAUCCCCAAGGGCAGCGAGGGAGGCGGGUGCUGGGCGGUCGCUCCCCUGCCAGGAGGAGGGUGCCUCAGCCGGGUGCUGGUCCCCAGCAGGCCAAGGUCCCCCUGACCCCUGCUACGAGUCCAUCAGCGACAGAGCCUGGACUGCUCAGGGCCACGGCCCCGACCCAGACUAUGAGGCCGUGAACGUUAACUGGAAGAAGGCGGCGAAACGGGACAAACUGGGGAAGCCUUGUGCCCCUGAGAACCUGUACGAAAGUGUCAGUGACAUUUGGGCGGGGGAGCCCCGUCGAGCCUCUGCUAGGACGGCAGCGAAUGGGCUGGAGGUGUACAUCACCAACCUAUAGCAUCCCCCCGGGAGCGGGGUCCUUGCUGCAGGGUGGUCCCAUCCUGAACAGAUGCCGUCAGGGUGGGGAUUCCUCUGGGAGUGGCUUUCCAUGGGUUGAGCCUCCCGGGGACAGGCGCACACGAGCCCAGUGCCCGCCGGUGUGGCUACAUCCCUGCAAGUGCUUUCUUUAUAUAUUUUAUGUUACUUUUCUGUAAGUCCUGUCCUGGGGGCUCAUCCUGACUUUGGGAUGAUCAGGGAGUCUGCAGGGUGAUGUCUGGCCUGAGCCGGGUGCUGGGUGCCAUGUGGGAGCCCAGUGGGCCAGGGCUGGUGCUGCCACCAAGAUGGGAACUGGGUUGGGACCGGUCAUGUUUUGGACUGGGUGGUGGCAGGGCUGUGGGCGAGCCCUGUAGGCCUGGGCUGCAGGAUCAGGUCCCUUCUCAGUGGGGUUAUGUCUUGAGUGAGGGUCUCUGUCCUCUUCCCUCUGCCUAGGGGAGAGCAGGCACCUGUCCAGCCCCCAGAAAGCCCAGAAGAGCUUUGUUCCCAUCACUGAACAUCCCCAAGGCUGGUUAUGGGGACUGGAACAGCAGCUCUGGCCGUGGCUGGGGUCAGCCACAUGCCUCAGUACAAGGCAGGAUGGAGCAUGGGCCAUGGGCUCUGGUCUGGGAUAGCUGCCUGUCCCCCAACACCUGCUCCCACCUUUCAGA